AAGCUGUUUCGAGAUGAUGAGAAGGCUCAGUACCAGGAGCAGGGGCGACACCUUAUUCCUUGGAUGGGAGACCCCAAGAUCAUGAUCGAUAGGUCGGUGUAACACAACCCCCAGACUCUGCUGCGAGAUCUCCUGUUAAAUAGCCUCUUUCUGUUCCCCCCCCUUAUGCUGUGGGCAAGUGAGGGCGGGGGAUGAACAAAGGGCUCACUGGCAGACGUGUGGGACUUCGCUGGUAGAGAUGGAGGGCAGCUUCUGGUAGAGUGCUUCGAGUGCCGCUUUUGUAACGCUGCAGGGCCGCCCCCCACCCCCGGCAGCGGGAACUUGGGGUUCCCCACUCUGGCAGCUUUGGGAGGUACCCUGCUUUCUGACAGUGUGCGCUGGCUUUUUCUGCACCACUUCUCAGAGUAGGGUCUACAGAGUGGAGUGGAGACUUGGAAUGAUGUGUUCCUUUUCAGUGCAAGCCACAAACAUGAUCGUUUCUCAUGUGGAAACUGAGCGAGCCUUGUUGCAAGGGAGUUCUUCAUCUGUUCUCUAAGCAAGAAGGGGUGCAAUGUGGGGUGUGGAAAUGGAUUUAUCCGCCUUAGGUGACAUGAUUUUCCUUAUUUUGCCUGUGUAAUUGAUCUGCAGGCUGUGGAUGAAAUACCCCAAAAGCAGCCCUUGGCCUAAUUUAUUUUCCCUUGUGCCGUGAUUCACUGUGUUAGGCAGAAUGGCUUUGAAUUUGAGUGCUUGCUUUUCAAAUUGUGUGUCAGAGGUGGCUUUUUUUGGUUGGUUGGCAGUAGGUGCAGGUUCACAGCCAGAGGGUCACAGAAUCUGCUUUGGUGUUCCUUCAGGUUCCCAGUUGUUUCAGCAAUGCAGGGUGGAAUUUAGAAAUUAAUUCAGAAUGGAUUUCUUCAUUUCUUGGAGAGAGGAAGAUAGGAGGUCAGGUUGGGUAUAUUUGGAGCAUUGAAAGUAAAAUCUAAAGAGUUAUGGCUGAGGUGAAAACCUCAGUGGGAAAGAUGGAAGGCUUUUGGUUUGAAAGGGAACACAUGACAUACUGUAGAUGUUUGCUCCCUCGAUUUCGUUGCUUUGGUGCCAUGCAGCAUUUUUCAUUCUUCCAGCCAGCAGCUGUAUUUGGCUUCAAAACCACCAAUAAGGGAAGAUUUUUUCAUUUCUUUCCAUAAGAUGGGAGAAAAAUGCCCAUGCAAAUCCAACCAUAAACAUUUUUAACUACGCUAAAUUUCUUGCAUGAGAACAGAAGUGUUGUUAUGCACACUUCUAGCCCAGAUCACUUCUGAGACAGUAGGUAAAGGCCAUUCUCGUGGUGCUGUGCAGCGGUAACACAACUUAAAGGUGUUAGAGAAAUAGCUGGGAGCAAAAACUAAGUAUGUGCAUGUGUAUACACUUAACACUGGAAGAACUGAAGGCCAUACAUUUGUGAGCUAGGGGAGCUUGCAAUUACUAAUCUUACAAACUCCUUUGGAAGCUUAGAUUCUUUUUAUCUCCAGCAGCAGGAAGCCUUCAUUUUCACCAUUUUGAGAAAAGCACAAUCAUGUCAGAAGACAUGGGUUGAAGUUUGCCUGUGGACAGCUUGAUUAACCAGACCUAUGCAUUUCAUUAACUUUUUGCUAUAAGAAUAUUUACUUUCUUUAUUUUUGGUCUAGCAAGUUGGCACAAGUCAAGAGUUGUGUGUGGGAAGACACCUCAGCGGAGUCGAGUUUACUGUCACUUUCCGAUCAGUUUCUCUUACUGAUGCAUAAACAUUAUCCCAACGCAGUGCUUUUCCUGCAGAUACAAUGGUUUCUGCUUGCUAGAAAGGAACUGUACGUCAUAGAUCUUGGCCGUUUUUACGGUGAACCUCCUUAAAUUGCAUGUAUAUGUUACUGUUCCUAUGUAUGUGUGUCUCUCUAUCACAUAACCCAGAACUUAUUUCCUCAGCCAAAUGGCUAGGGGCCGAGCCUAGCCAUGAUUUUACCUCCAAUGGACGCAAGUUUCUAUGGUGAAGAUAUCUCCUGAGAGUUCGGGACUAGCAGAAAGAAGCGAGGAAAUUUCGACCGUUUGGUUCUUACGGAUAGGUAUUUAUGUAUUCGGGUUUGUGUGAAUGUAAGCUAUUUGACUUCCCAGAAAAACUUAUUUUGCAAGUGACAUUGAUUGGUUGGUUGAAGCACGUACGGUAAGAGCUGUUAAGGAAAUGGAUCCCACUUAAAACUAUUAAAGGAUACUUUUGCCUUUAAUUGUAAUAAUUCAUUAGUUUCAUUGAGAGGAAUUUAGCCUAUUAAACAAAUUUUCGAUAGUUGGUGACAAAUGAUUAGCAAAGUUAAAUGUAAUCUCUAAAAGGAAAUAUGCUUUAACAUAUAAGUUGGUUGUUUUUUUUUUUUGUCUUUUUUAGUGGGUAAGUAUUUAAGUAGUUCCAUAAACCCAAGCCCUAAGUUUUUUGCAUUGACCAGCUGUUUCGUCUUGCAGGUAUGAUGGGCGUGGUCACCUACAUGACCUUUCUGAAUAUGAUGCUGAAUAUUCCACGUGGAACAGAGAUUAUCAAUUGUCUGAAGAGGAGGCUAGAAUAGAAGCCCUCUGUGAUGAAGAGAGAGGAGGAAUAUAAAAGACUGAGCGAAGCUUUGGCAGAGGAUGGUACCUAUAAUGCAGUGGGAUUCAGUUAUGGGAGUGAUUAUUAUGACCCUUCAGAACCCACUGAAGAGGAGGAGCAUCAGCCUGCAAAACAAAGAGAAACAGCUCAGACAGAAAAUGCAGAAGAAAAUGAAGAACCUUUUGUUGCCCCUCCAGGACUGAACGUACCUUCUGAUGUGGAGCUGCCACCAACAGCAAAAAUGCAUGCGAUUAUAGAACGAACUGCAAACUUUGUCUGCAAGCAGGGAGCACAGUUUGAGAUUAUGCUGAAAGCCAAACAAGCACGCAACUCCCAGUUUGACUUCUUGCGGUUUGAUCACUACCUCAAUCCCUACUACAAGUUCAUUCAGAAGGCCAUGAAGGAAGGACGAUACGCUGCUCCUUCCGAAAACAAAGCCGACGAGAAAAAACACUCAAGAGUCAAAUCUGAGGAAGAAGAUGAUGAUGAUGACGAUGAUGAUGGGAAUUAUCUGCAUCCAAGUCUCUUUGCAUCUAAAAAAUGCAGUCGGCUCGAAGAGCUCAUGAAGCCUUUGAAGGUGGUAGACCCUGAUCAUCCACUUGCAGCGCUGGUGCGCAAAGCACAAUCAGAUAAUAACUCAUCCACACCACAGUCAACAGAUGGGGCAGCUGUACAGACAUCACAGGCAGAAUAUUCUUCUGACUCAACUGUGGCAGCCAUGUAUUAUAGUUACUAUAUGCUACCUGAUGGAACCUAUUGCCUCGCACCUCCACCUCCAGGAAUAGAUGUUGCUACCUAUUACAAUGCGUUGCCUGCAGGGGUAACUGUAUCAAGCACUACAGGGGUAGCAACAGUACCUCCACCUCCUGGUACUACACCUCCACCUCCCCCAGACACAACAGAUAGCAGCAGUGGGUUGACUUCUACAACAACGACUACAAGCACAAUUACUCCAGUGGUUGCCAUUAUACCUCCACCCCCAGAUAUCCAGCCUGUUAUUGAUAAGCUGGCUGAAUAUGUUGCUAGGAAUGGGAUAAAAUUUGAAACCAGCGUUCGUGCCAAGAAUGAUCUCAGAUUUGAGUUCCUGCAACCAUGGCACCAGUAUAAUGCUUAUUAUGAAUUUAAAAAGCAGUUCUUCCUUCAAAAAGAGAGCAGUGACAACUGUCAGGGAGUAUCUUCAUCUGAAGAUGUUCCAGCAGAUAAUGCUGGCGAUACACCGAGUGAGACUCAAUUUGCAGAUGAACAUGCACCUGAAGAUGCGUCUGAGCCAAGUGCUAAGGGACUUCCAGGAACAAAAAAGGAUGUUCCUCCUAAAACUGUCAGUGAUGGCAAAUUGGUGAAAGCAUCAUUUGCUCCAAUAAGCUUUGCAAUCAAGGCCAAAGAAAAUGACCUUCUUCCUUUGGAGAAAAAUCGUGUUAAGUUGGAUGAUGACAGUGAUGAGGAGGAGGAAGAAGGCAAGGAAGGCCAAGAGAAUGCUAACAGUGCUUCGAAUCAUACUCCAGCUGUUACCACUCCUUGUACUACUACUGAGGAGAAAAAGCCUCAGCUUACACAGGAGGAGUUGGAAGCUAAGCAAGCAAAGCAGAAGCUAGAGGAUAGGUUAGCAGCUGCAGCAAGAGAGAAGCUUGCACAGGCCUCCAAAGAAUCAAAAGAAAAGCAGCUGCAAGCAGAGCGCAAAAGGAAAGCUGCACUGUUCUUACAGACCCUGAAAAACCCUUUGGCAGAGGCAGAAACUGAGAAAAUUGAAGAGAAUGCCUUUAAUAAUGAGACUGUCAAUAGCAUGCCAUGUCCUGUGACUGCAGUCAGAAAUUUACCCAGCUUAGAAGUUAAACAAGCAGAAAGGCCUUCAAGCAAAAGCAGAGACCCUCCUAGGGAUGAAGAAAAAGAAAAGAAAAGAAAAAAGCACAAGAAAAGAUCUCGGACAAGAUCUCGAUCACCUUUCAAGUAUCAUUCAUCAUCAAAGACCAGAUCUAGAUCACAUUCAAAAGCAAAGCACUCACUUCCCACUGCUUAUAGAACUGUGAGGCAUUCAAGACUCACAGCAUCCACAGGGACACUGAGCAUGGAGCCGAGUCUGAGCAGCUCAUCAAUGGCAGCAGCAACAGAGCGGGAAAAUUAUCAGGCAACUUCGACAACGAAAAGAUUUGACUGCUGGAGCUCUUUAGAGGGAAAUCCUGGUAAAAUGUCAAGGUCACGAUCAAGGUCACCCAGAAGAAGGGCUCACACACCAGAAAGGCGGAGAGAUGACAGAAGUGUUCCAACAGCUUACCGCAUUAGUAAUAGCCCUGGAAAUAGUAGGAAACGUCCACGUUCCAAAAGUCCCCAUGAAAAGAAGAAGAAGAGGCGGUCUAGAUCACGUACCAAGUCCAAAGCUAGGUCUCCUUCACCAUCCAUGUCACCAGGCAAACCAUCCACACACAAAAAUUCUGUACAUUCAACUAGUGUCUCUCCUGUGGAGAGCAGGGAAUCCAGUCAGGAACGCUCCAGGGGAGUUUCUCAGGAAAAAGAUGGCCAAAUCUCUUCAGCAAUUGUGUCUUCAGUGCAGAGUAAAAUCACUCAGGAUCUAAUGGCCAAAGUGAGAGCAAUGCUUGCAGCUUCCAAAAACAUACACACUAGUGCCUCCUGAGAACUAUUGAACUGACCAUCAAGCAACUGUAUGAAAAGAACAAUAAAAUAAACUGCCUCAUCUCAAAUGUACAGCUGAGCUUGGCUCACUCGUUUCACAACUUGUCUAAUACUCCCACAACUCGAGGAGCUGAAACCUGUCUUUGUGUACAGAAGCAUCUCCUUGAAAUUUCAUUAAACUUUUACAGCCAGAGUAUCUUUGGAAAGUUUUUGGGUUUUGUAAAUUGAUUUUUUGACUAAUUCUUCAGUAACAUUUUAUGAUCAGCAGCCUAUAUGUGUAUAUUUGUAAAUACCAUGUUUCUGUGAAAGUAUUACACAACAAUAAAGAAGGAAACGUCUUUCAUUAGA